AUGAAAGGGCCUCCUCUUUUGGCCCUGGGGGUCCAUGCCCGUGCUGCCUCGGGGCGCCGCUGCGUGGCCCGAGACUUGCGAACGGGCCGCCCGAACGUGGAUGCUUACCCCGACGCCCCCCCCCCGGACCCCACCCCUUUAAAAACCCAGCAGUGGAUAAAGUACAACCGGGAGGGCCUCCUGCGGUACACCGAGGGUGGCAUGCCGUCCAGGGUCUGCGUCGACAACAUAAACAAAACGCUGACGACGCAAGAAGCGCAUCAGCUGAUCCACAACAUGGCGGAAGUCACGUGCGAUUUGCUCUCCUACGGCGGAGUCGAGCUCGUCGAGGUGGUGACGGAGGAUGUGUUCGAUCACGUGCCCGGCCUCGGCUACGUCCAGAUAACAGACGUGUAUUCCACUAACAUCACUUUCGAACCUGUGAACUGCACGCGCCGCACCGUAGUGUAUAUGUCCUGCUCUGAGCUGGCGUGUGGAGUGCGACCCCUGUUCGUGCCUCCUCGCAACCCCGUUAUUAGCAACAGCGUCGUGAGAACAGCACAGAGCGGGGACUGGCCAUGGUCUGCGGCUCUCCUGAAGGACGGGGUCCAUGCCUGCGACGCCACCCUUAUACACCCUUCCUGGCUCCUGACGACUUCGCUGUGCUUCCAAGGACAAGGGCGGGCGCUGUGGAUGGCGAGGCUGGGCGCCGUCAGGAUCUCCUCGCAGGCGCCGUGGGUGCAGGAGAGACUCAUCGUAGGCAUGGUCAAGUCUCCUGUAGAAGGCAGUCAGAUCGUCCUCAUUAAGCUGGCGGAUUCUGAAGUGGAGCUGAGCGAUUACGUAAGACCUGCCUGCCUGGGAUCGCACACCUCCGUCGGGCAGCUCCUGAAGCGAGAGUGCCGCGCCCUGGGAUGGGGAGCGAGGCGCGACCCUCUGGUGGAGCUGACUCUCCGCGUCGCAACCUCCGCCACGGCCUGCAAGCACCUCCAUGGAAACAAAGACAACACGAUUUGCGCACAACAGAUUACUCCCACAGAUCGCUGCCUUCUCGAAGAACAAAGCGGAGGCGGCCUUCUGUGCGAGUGGGCGGGGCGAUGGGAGCUGGUGGGCGUGGCCACCUUACCCACAGGGUGUGCCCAGGGCUCUCGCGCCCGCCUCUACGACGAUAUCACCCCGACAACCGUCAGGUGGAUUAAGAAGACGAUCGCCGCCUUCGCCAGGGGGGCGUAACACCCUAGCGCCGCCGUCGAGGAGGAUUCGAUCGCCCUUUCUCCAGUGGGGUAAAAUUCUCUCUGGAACCAGCCUGUAUGAUUUAUUUUGCCGAGAUACUGAAAAAACAGAUUGAAAAUACUAUGAAAAAUUAAUGAUAAUAAUAAACUAUCGUGGAUGGGAGACGAGUGUGCAAACUGAAAGACCUAGAAAAAAAAAAAAAAUUGAGACACACGAAGAAAAUACGUACGUUAGAAAUAAUCGAAAAAUAGAAGAUCUGAAAAAUGAAGAAAAAAAUACAUAAUGGCUGGUUCCUAUCAUAGCGUUUUCCUCUUGACAAGUCCAAGCAAUGGGUGGCUUCGAGACUGUCUGUCUGUCUGUCUGUCUGUCUUUCCCUAGCGACAGACAGACACAAAGCCUUCAAAAAGCCACCGUUAUGCGCACAAUAGACCGCCCUUGCCGACUUUUACGCGCUUACCUACCUACAAGGUGUUUAUUUACAUAUCACUUUUACAACGUCACUCUUUUGUUGUUUUUUUAAUAAAAUCCCAUGACAACCAUAUCCAAUACAUAUCCUAAGAGUUACCCGUUUGAUAUAUAUUGAGAAAAUAAAAAUUAUAUUGUAGUUUAUGAAUGUUAAUGAAUGAUUGUUGCAUUGAUGGAGAGAAUUUAAAGGAAAAAAAAAAAAACAUAUGAAUUGUUAUUCCGGAAAGUAUGUUAAGCUUGUAUGGGUGUUUCACAGAGCUGUGUAAUACCUUCUUGCCACCCCUCAUUUUUUUAAAGAAAUAUUUCUUUCUCGUUAGUUAUCACAUGAACUAGCACCAUUUCAACCCGAACAAAUAUAUAUCUUUCUGAAAUAGGAUCAUCCGAACGCGGUGAUAUCCUAGCAUUUAAAACACAUCAAAACCUCGUAUUGAUGAACAAAACCUAAGCUUAAAAAAGAAAAGAAAAAGGUCUGUUGCAGGUGACGGGGGGACUGACCUAAAAUCUUCAUGUGUUGUGUAUAGUUGUAGCUUAGUAAGGGAGCCUGUUUCCUGUCAGCUUACGGACAGCAUAUAUGUUGGUUAACCUCGUGACUAUGAAAGAGCUCUGUGUCAGUGUCUCCCGGCAGUUCUCUUGACUGCAAUUAGAUGACGUGUAUAUUAGUGGUUACCCUUACCACCUCCUUACCCCCCCUUCCCUCCCGGCUGUGUGGACAGCGUUGUGCACUAGUGAUAUAUAUUUCUGUUGUUUUUUUUGUUUUUUGUUUUGGUUCUUAAUGCUCCCCGUAUGUAAUAGUGUGCGCUAGUGGUUCCUUGAGAUGUGUGUGGAGUAUGUGUGCUAAUGAUACUAAGGCGCUCUUUGCUGGUGGUUCCGUGUCUCUGUGUGCUUCUCCAAAAGGUGUUGAGCUCUUGAACCAUACAUGACUUCUGCCGAUAAAUACUACGCCCACUAAGGUAUAAAUAGGAGUUUUUCCUUGUCAUAUAUGGCUCAAUAAAUGCUUGAACCAUGACAAAAAAAAUACCAUAUUCGUAAAUGUUGUACAGGAAGGAGAGAAGGAGAAGAGAAAAAAAAAUUGUGGCUUCUUGGUUACCGUGCGAACUGUCUCUGGUUUCAGAGAAUAAUUUUAUAAUCUUACAAUGACCUGUUGUAAAGAAACACAUAUCCAAAACUUAGAAGUAAAGUGUUUCUAUGCUCUGUCUGGUUUUAUUUGGAAGUAAAUGGUUUGUGUAUGGCGAGGAGCAAAUUCUUGCGAGUUACAUUAUACAAACUUACUCCAAUGAACAAAUGUUGCAUUCUGUCACUCUCCGAUCUUUUUACUCGUAGCCAAAGAUCUGGCGGGAAUAUCAUAAGCUUUAAUUAUUUUUGACACAUGUAUACUUGUAUAGAAUUUUUCGGGUGUUAUAAGUAUAUAUUUUGCUUUCUACUCCAUUAUUGAUGGAAUUAUUUUCUUUGCUAUAGUAUAUUUGCAUGGCAAAGUAAAGAACUGAAUGAGAGGUACCGUAUCGGAAAAGUAUAGAGAGAGAUAGAGAGAAGAAGUUUCAUACAGUCUUGCCCAGUGCGAGAACGGAUGCAGGCGACACACUUGCAUUGAGAUUUCUGUAUAUUUACACUACAUUGUUCGAUAGAGGAUCUGCAUAUUUUUGGUAUUAACUGACUUUCGUAGCGCUGUUUUUUGGGGCGGCUAAGUCCAAUACAGCGAAGAUAGGGCAGAGUGGCAGAGCGAGAGAGAGAGAGAGAAAAUAGGAGGGCAUAGGAUAUUCGUAGGAAACCUUAAACUGCCUAUUCCUGAUGUGAAAAAUCGAGUCGCUUAAUCGUUUUUUAUGUGAAAAAAGUCAUUUAAAAUAGGUAACAUAGAGCGAAAUGAAAGGUUAAUCUGCAAUGACGUGAUACUACGAAUUUCUUCGAUAUUUAUACACAUACACAGUUUACUUGGCACAGAUGAUAGGAGAAUCACAAGCGUAUUUAUAAUUAUUUAUGUACUCAAAAUACUCAUAUCUAUCUCUACUGGCACAUUAACCUGAGACUAACAUCACAUCGAAAAAUCAUUCCGUUCAAAAACAAACAUAAAAUCGGUAAAAAAAAAUUGGCAUACGUCAAAACCGAUAUAUCUCUUCCUGUUUUCAAAACUAAACCACGUUUUAGACGGAAUAGGCAGUUGAUCAACCUUCCCAUGCUGAGACAGGGUCCAUUGGUAUGCAGGAUGCUUUCUUAAUGAUGCCUAAUUGAGAAAGGAGGAGAGAAAGAGAAAAAGAGAAAGAGAGAGAGGGAGAGAGAGAGAUAGGGAAAAAAAAAGACUAUAAGUACCACAAGACGCCAUGAUAUGAAGUCACUCCCGCGAAUGGAGUCGGCGUGACGUCACUAGUAUAAUAUUGCUAGAUGGAUCUGUUUUAUAUGUGUACUAUUAGCUGAAUAGACUAAGAGCCAGUAUGCUUUAAAUACCAGGCAAACGUGUAUGUGCAUAUGAAAUAUAUAUAUAUAAGCCUGGGAUGAUUUAAGCGAUACUGUGCCCUGGCCUAAAAGUUCGUGUAAUGUGGCAGUUUUUCUGUAAUGCCUGAAAUAUUGACAUAUUUUUGUUGAAUCAUUUAUUGAAAUAUAUGUGAGAUAUUUUCGUAGAUAUUAAGUAACAACCGCAGGGUGUACAUAAUGGUUAUUUGAACUGAUCUCAUCCUAUUAAUAAAAUUGACGGUUUCAUCAAAGUUCUUUUUAAAAAAGGGAGAGAGAGAAAGGCGAUAUUCGGUUGAACAGCCGUACAUGGAAAGCUCUAAAGAAAUAUACAUUUAAAAAAAACUCUAAACGAGAUAUAUAUAGAACCUGAAUAUGUCUUCACACUCAAAAAAAAAAAAAGAAGAAGAAAAAAAAAGCAGGUGAAAUUUCUUUUUCCCUGCACUUUCCAAACCACCCCAUGAUGGUCUUUACCAAACCAUGGCUUCAUCAGCGUUUCCAUGUUAAAGGGCUGUUUAACCCCACGCAAAAGACAUUGUACAGAGCGACCUAGCGACCAGGCCGUCCCCUCAUGUGAGAAUUUUCCGACGCGGAUGAGAUUUUUGUUUUCUGAAACCAUUACCGCCCUGCUUCUUCCAUUAAAAGUGUACUCAGACAAAAGAAACAUAUGACAAAUGCUGCCUGUAAUGUAUAAAUGAUUAUGUAAAUUGGUUCGUGUAAAAAUAAAACACACUAUGUUUCAAG